CUAUACAAAAACAACCUUCCUCGUUGAAUGUGUAGACAUUCACGCUCUCCGUGUCUUUCUGUCUGUCUGUAAUAAUCUCUCUCUUUCUCUCACUCAAAUUCUUGUGUCCAAAAGGUCUUUGCCAAUGGAUGCUAAAUCUGCUGUAGAUCUAAUGGAGUCUUCCUCUGAGGUUCAUUUUUCUGGAUUUCACAUGGAUGGUUUUGAGCAAAGAAAGGCUAGCACAGAACAACCGACAACAUCAGAUACUGAAAUGUAUAAACAACCUUUUGUCAUAGGUGUUGCUGGGGGUGCAGCAUCUGGAAAGACAACAGUUUGUGAUAAGAUUAUUCAGCAGCUUCAUGAUCAACGGGUUGUACUUGUUAAUCAGGAUUCUUUUUAUAAUAACUUGACUGAGGAGGAACUUAAAAGAGUACAGGAUUACAACUUUGACCAUCCUGAUGCUUUUGAUACUGAGCAAUUGCUCGAUGUUAUGGACAAGUUGAAGUGUGGCGAAUCAGUAGAUAUUCCGAAGUAUGAUUUUAAGAGUUACAAGAGUCAUGUGUUAAGAAGGGUAAACCCUUCAGAUGUUAUAAUUUUGGAAGGCAUCCUCGUUUUCCAUGAUCCACGUGUUCGGGGGUUGAUGAAUAUGAAGAUAUUUGUUGACACAGAUGCUGAUGUUCGUUUGGCAAGAAGGAUUAGGCGUGAUACUGCUGAGAAGGGUCGGGACAUUGCAGCAGUUCUUGAUCAGUAUUCAAAAUUUGUGAAGCCAGCUUUUGAUGACUUUAUUCUUCCAACAAAGAAGUAUGCUGAUAUAAUUAUACCCCGUGGAGGAGAUAAUCAUGUGGCCAUUGAUUUGAUUGUUCAGCAUAUCCGCACUAAGCUUGGUCAGCAUGACCUGUGUAAAAUAUAUCCAAAUUUAUACGUCAUUCAUUCAACUUUUCAGAUACGGGGUAUGCAUACCCUGAUACGUGAUGCACAGACAACAAAGCAUGAUUUUGUAUUUUAUUCUGAUCGUUUGAUUCGUUUGGUUGUAGAACAUGGCUUGGGGCAUCUGCCAUUUACAGAGAAGCAAGUAGUCACCCCCACUGGUUCUGUAUACACCGGUGUGGAUUUUUGUAAGAGGUUGUGUGGUGUCUCUGUCAUCAGGAGUGGGGAGAGUAUGGAGAAUGCUUUACGAGCAUGCUGUAAAGGUAUCAAGAUUGGGAAAAUUCUAAUUCACAGAGAAGGUGACAAUGGUCAACAGGUUUGUCCAUCCACAUGUAUGCUUUGGUACAUUAUGUUUUUCAUUUUUUCAUCACUGACUUCUUAUACUUUGAUCAAUGAGCAGCUAAUAUAUGAAAAGUUGCCAAAUGAUAUCUCAGAUAGGCAUGUCUUACUGUUGGACCCUAUCCUUGGCACAGGUAAUUCGGCUGUUCAAGCAAUUUCUUUACUUAUAAGAAAGGGUGUACCGGAGUCAAAUAUCAUCUUUCUUAAUCUCAUAUCUGCACCUAAAGGUGUGCAUGUGGUCUGCAAAUGUUUUCCAAGAAUAAAAAUAGUGACAUCUGAGAUUGAGAUUGGUUUGAAUGAAGAUUUCCGUGUCAUACCAGGCAUGGGAGAGUUUGGAGAUAGGUACUUUGGAACAGAUGAUGAUAAUGAGCAAGUGGUGGUUCCUUCACAGUAGUUAUAAUUGGGACAAAUCCACAAAAUUUUAAGGUUGAUCAUCAGUACUAGUGAGAGAUUUCCUCUGAAAAAUGGGUUGAAAUUUGCUCAAACAUUAUUGUGCUGGGGUCUCUGAAUUUUAGUUAUAAAUCAAUUUUGACUCUGUUGGACCUUGGAUCAUCAUUUCAUUAUACUUAUGUUUUUGUUUACAAAAAGACGUAUUGUGGAAAUACUG